CCGCUGGCACAUUGCCGAACUGCUUUAUCCAUCGUUAAGUUGGCUCGAUAAUUAUUGCUCAUAUAUCACGAAAUACCUCAUCGUUUAUGUAUCGUUUAUUCUCGCGUUCUUCGUCUCGUCCCCUUCAGAAGCCAAUAUAUACACCCUCACAACGAUAUAAUAUACGGCUAUAUACCAGUAUGGACUGGAACCAAGAUAACCUGCGGGCCGGGUUCUGCCAUGCUCUCUCGAAUAUGUAUAAGAGCGAAGUCCCCCUUUACGGGGACCUGGUGGACCUGGUAUGGAAGGCAGAUGCAGAGGCAAUUAAUAGAAGUCGAAAACUAGGAGGCGCAGAUGCCAUUGAUCCCGAUGAGGUAUUGCCCUCCAGAAACCGUGUUGAGAGACAUGGUGCCAUCCGCUUGGGAACCGCGCAGGAGCUAGCCACGAUCAGGCGUAUGUUCGCUGUUAUGGGCAUGUAUCCUGUAGGAUAUUAUGAUCUGAGUGUCGCUGGGUUCCCCAUGCAUGCUACCGCAUUUCGACCAAGGACAAGGGAAGCCCUGGCCAAGCAUCCGUUCCGAGUGUUCACGACCGUCCUGCGCAUGGACUUGUUGACGGAGAGGACACGAGAUCUGGCGCAGAGGGCUCUAAAGCAGAGAAACAUCUUCACCGACCGCUUGGUGGCUUUGAUCAACCACGCUGAGGUACAGGGCCACCUCACCGCUGAUGAGUCCAAGGAGUUCAUCACCGAAGGGCUAGAAACCUUCCGAUGGCACUCCAAGGCCACAGUGACGCUUGAAGAAUACAAGAUCCUCAAGGAGGAGCACCCAUUAAUCGCCGACAUUGUAUCUUUCCCUAGCUGCCACAUAAACCACCUUACUCCUCGAACCAUUGAUAUCGACCUUGUUCAAAAGAUGAUGCAGGACAAUGGUAUGCCGGCGAAAGAGCGGAUUGAAGGACCUCCGCGACGUGAUUGUCCCAUCUUACUACGCCAGACCAGCUUCAAGGCCCUGGAGGAGACGGUAUACUUCCGUGAUGCUAAUGAGGCAUAUGUCAAGGGAUCCCAUACGGCAAGAUUUGGCGAAGUUGAGCAGCGUGGUUAUGCUCUCACGCGGAAAGGCCGGAAGCUGUAUGAUGAAAUCCUCAGUCAGGUUAACAGAGAAGCGGCAGAGACAGGAGCUGGCCCUGAUAAAUAUGAGGAAAUCUUGAGGAAACACUUUGAAGGAUUCCCAGAUGACCUCCGUGAAUUGCAAAAGCAGAAUCUGGCGUACUUCUGCUAUCGAACAACACCCAAGGGUAAAGAAGGAUCUGCAUCAGAAAAGGCAAGUCUCAGCCAGUUAUUGGAGGAUGGCAUUCUCGAGUUCGAGCCCAUCACAUACGAGGACUUUCUUCCCCUAUCUGCCGGAGGUAUCUUCAACUCGAACCUAGGCAACACAUCGCAGUCCAAACGGCUGAUCAUGGAGGCGGAUGCCGACCUGGAUGGGUUCCAGCAGAUGAUGGGAACUCCGACGGUCGAUGAAAUUAGUCUUUAUGAACAGAUGCAGAAGGACAGCCUUGAGAGCUGCCGGGUGGAGCUAGGAUUGAAAGAGAUUGUGGAGUGAAGAUCAGCUUUCUAUGUUGUGUGUUAAGAUAUAAGCGUAUAAUCCUCAAAUUUAUGCAAGCUAUAAACGUCG